GUUUGCUUAUUAAACUCAUAUUCUAUUGAUUUGAAUUGGUUGAGAAUUGACAAUCAAAGAAGAAGAAAGAAAAGAAAAGAAAAGAAAGAAAGAAAGAAAGAGAAAGAUGUUGGGAGUAUUCAAGAAUGGAUUGGUGAGUCCACCAAAAGAGCUAAAGAGCCCAGCCUCAUCACCAAGGAAGGCCGAUCAACCCCCGCUGAAAGCCUUCCAGUCUUCUCAUCCUAACAGUGCUUCCACCAUUUCUUUUGGUGAAGAUGCUUCCUUGGCCUUCGCUCAUUCUUCCCAUUCCCUUAUGGCCACCCAAAGGUUGUUUUGUAGCGUGGAUGACGUCUACUGUGUGUUUUUGGGGAGCUUAAACAAUUUGAAUGCCCUUAACAAGCAAUAUGGGCUGAACAAGGCUGCAAACGAGGCCAUGUUUGUGAUCCAGGCCUACAAGACCCUUCGUGACCGUGGCCCAUACCCGGCCCAUUCUGUCCUUAAGGACCUUGAAGGCAGUUUUGGUUUUGUGGUGUUUGACUUCAAGGCUAAAACCGUUUUUAUUUCACUUGGUAAUGAUGGGAGAGUGAUGCUCUUCUGGGGGUUAGCUUCUGAUGGCUCUGUUGUAGUUUCUGAUAAUUUGGAGGUUAUAAAGUCUAGUUGCUCCAAGUCUUUUGCUCCCUUCCCAACUGGUUGCUUGUAUCAUACUGGAGGAGAGUUGAAGAGCUUUGAGCAUCCAAAGAACAAAAUGAAAGCAAUCUCAAGGGUUGAUAGUGAGGGUGCAAUGUGUGGAGCCACCUUCAAAGUUGAUAUCUAUGCAAAGACCAAAAGCAUGCCAAGGGUUGGAAGUCAAACAAAUUGGGCUUGGAGCCAAGAGGCUUGAAUCUAUUUUGACUUUUCUAAAGUCAAUGAGGAAAAGUCAAAAUCUUGCUCGUUGAAUUCAAGUACAUUUGAGAUGCCAUAUUUUUAUAAUACUUAUAAUAUUACCAAGAUUUUGUCAAGUC